AUGGAGAGGAGUGGAUCUCCCCGCCAAUUAGGCGGCCGUGGUUGGCCCGAGCGCUCAGGCCAGCUGUCGUUCCAACGAAGCCCUUUCCUUCUCCUUAUCCCUCUCGGGUGCCGUUGUAUUGAUCUUCCUCUGUUAAUCAAGCCAUCAAGAUGCGUUUCACAUCAUCGCUUGUCGCCCUCCUCCCUGCUGUCGCUCUGGCGCAGGAGCAGGUUCCCCCUCGCCGAUCGUGUCCAGGGAUGGUUCAACAAGGCCAAGGCCAUGGUUCCCACUGCCGUGCCGGCCGAUCCCAUCGUGAAGUUGGCCGAGAAGGUCUCCGAGAAGCGCGUCACCCCCGUGACCCUCAACAACUGGCAGUCCAUCCUGGAGCCUUCCUCCACCGCGCAGGACUGGUACAUCUUCGUGACCGGCGGCAACAAGACCUGCUUUGGUCGCUGCGAGCACGCCGAGAAGGCCUUCAAUGAAUCCGUCCUCCUCUUCUCCGCCGACCGGACUUCCCCGAAUCUCGGUCUACUGAACUGCGAAGAGAACCGCGUUCUUUGCUCCGCCUGGUCCGCCGGCGCUCCCUCCGUCUAUUACUACCAGAUCCCCAAGGCCCUGCCCGAAGGCGAGGAGCGUCUGCCCACCCCCCUGCACGUCGUCUACAUGAACAGCACCACCGUCACUCCCGAGGAGCUCUACCAGAUCCACUCCAAGAAAAACUUCGAGGAGGCCGCCGAGUACACGGGUGCCUUCCACCCCACCGACGGCUGGCUGGCCAAGUACCAGCUGCUGAUGCCCCUUGGCUAUGCCAUCUUCGCCGUCGGUGCCAUUCCCAGCUGGCUGUUCAUGAUCGGUAUCUCCUUCUUCAGCCGCACUGUCAUGGGUCGCCGUAUGAACAACUUGGGUACCGACCGCCGUCCUGCUGCUGCUCCUGCUGCGGGAAGUGCUAACUAA